CCGUCCCAGUCAUGGGCCUCUUCACGAAAAAUACCGAGGGCGUUGAUCCUCAACAACCACACUCCGACAUCACGCCCGAAAAAGAUCUGGAGAAGAACUUUGAAGAUGUGAAGCUAGAAGCACGACAAACUUCGGUCGACAAUGGCGGCUCAGCACCAUUCAUCGACCCUGUCAUUGAGAAACGCGUUGUCCGCAAGAUAGACUGGCAUCUGGUACCACUGCUUAUGGCGCUUUACCUGCUCGCCUUCCUCGAUCGCUCCAAUAUCGGCAACGCGAAAAUUGCUGGUAUGGCCAAGGCCCUCGACCUUACCGCCGAUCGCUACUCGUGGCUUUUGACCAUCUUCUAUAUCUCGUAUAUCUUGUUUCAGUUCCAGGUUCUUGGAUGGAAGAGAUUUCCUCCUCACAUCUGGGCAAGUUGGGCUAUUUUUGGCUGGUACGUAGUAACAUCUGCUAAAGUACAUCUGGGCAGAUUUCUCCUAGGAGUCUUCGAGGCAGCAUACGGUCCUGGUGUUCCUUAUCUGCUCUCUUUCUUCUACUUGCGACAUGAAGUCGGUUUCCGUAGUGGAAUCUUCCUUGCUGCUCUCGCCUACGGUAUCACUUCUGGACACGCAGCGAUCGCCAGCUGGAAGCUUCUCUUCCUUGUAGAGGGUCUCCCGACUCUGGCUAUGGUACCGGUCGCAUACUUCUUUCUCCCGGACAGCCCGCAGUCGGCCAGAUUCUUGAACGAGGAAGAGAAGCGUGUGGCAGUUGCAAGAGGCGUACGCCAGACAGGCACAACUGAGCGUGUCGGUCGCAUCAAGCUCAAGGAUGUCGGUCUGACCUUUAUCGAUCCCAAGGCCAUCACCACAGCAUUGAUGUACUUUUCGUGCAACGUAUCUUUCUCCUCGCUGCCGGUUUUCCUCCCUACGAUUCUGGAAGAGAUGGGCUUCGAAUCCAUCACCGCCCAGGGUCUCUCUGCGCCUCCGUAUUUCUUGAGUUUCCUCGUUACCAUUGGCUCCGCAUGGAUUGCCGACAGGACCCAGCAGCGUGGACUGACUAUCAUCGUUCUCUCAAUCAUCGGAGGUGUCGGAUACAUCAUGCUGGCGACAACGUCAAGCACAGGGCCUCGCUACGCUGGUGUCUUCCUUGCCGCGUCCGGUGUCUUCCCCUGUAUCGCCAACAUUCUUCCAUGGGUUACGAACAACCAGGGCAACGACGAUCGUCGUGGUGCAGCAUUUGUUCUGCUCAACCUUAUCGGUCAAUGCGGUCCCCUACUCGGCACUCGCGUCUACAACACUCCUCCUUUCUACGUCAAGGGCCAGAGCAUCUGUGCAGCCUUCAUGUUCUUCAAUGGCUUGUUAGCGUUAUUUUUGCGUACGCUUCUCGCUUACGAGAACCGCAAGCUGGACAAGCAGUAUGGCACUAUUGAAGAGCAGAAGAACAGGAUUGCGACGACCGAGGGAACGAAAGAGGCUGUUGUUGAAGCCAAUACUGGUGUCGAGAACUUUGGUCCCAUGUACCGUUAUGUCUUG